UCAAAUUUUUAGUUUCCGAUACAUUGGUCAAAUUUAACGUAAUUGUAAUAAAGCAAGGUAAAACGAAAAAAGAUGAGACAUAACUUCGAAGAAUUGGAACAAUAUUUUAUGCACAAAUGUAACAGCGAUAAUCGUAGUAGAUGUCGCAGUGUAGUAGCCAAUACUGCUUGCUCGGAGUACCAGGACAGUGUUGACGAGUUCAUAUCCCGGCACAGCGUGAAGAAUGGUAUCAUAUCUAAUGAAAAUAUACGUAAACUACAGCGAGAUUUACAAUUAAAUUAUAUUAAUGUAAACAAAAAUGACACUCAAUCUAAUUGCAAAAUAACCGAUAAUGUUGAUACAGAAAUAUUUGUAUCGAAAAUAAUAAAAUAUAACAGAAGACUUGAUAAAGUGAUAGUAAAACUUAUGAAAGCAAUAAAAAAUGAAAGAGAGGAAAGUGAAUUACAACAAAUAAUCAAUAUAUUGCAAGAAAAACACAAACGCAACGUCAUGUCCCUUGCAAAAGAUUCAUAUAGAAAAUUAUUGAAGUCGGAGGAGAAUUUUAUCCCCGAGAGUCAGAAUCCUAAGCUUUUAUUAAAACCAUCCACUGAUCUUAGCUGCAAGGUGGACAACAGAUAUGUGAAAAGUGAAAAUAUGAUCGGUUAUAUAAAAGAAAUCAAGAGACACAAUACUUAUCAUAAUAAUAGUUUUUGCUUUCCUAGAUCUUCAUGUACGAACACCAUAAAUUUACAUAGAGAUGAUGGACGAACCAAUUUAUAUUCGUCUAUGAAUUCAAUGACAAUAAGGAAUGUGAAUAGAGACAACCUCACAUUGUAUCCGACGAUCAGAGUUCCAUAUGAGAAAAAGUAUUUACCAAAAUAUUCAUUGCCAAAAGCGUAUUCCAAGACUCCAGAAACAGAUAGAAGUGUAAACCGCAGUAUAUCCCAACAAAGAACUCUAAAUGGGCCAGUUGAAAGAUUAGAUAAAGUAAAAAAGAAAAGUUUAACAAAUACUUCUUUAAAAGUCGAAACUAAAAUUGACGAUUUAGUAAAAACUAUUAAUUUGCUCAUCGAAGAAAUUCAAGCACAGAAAUCUUACAAAGUAGACAAAAAAAUUGAAACUAUAAAUGAAGAUAAAGAGAAUUCAAAUGAAGUGUUAAUAAGUUUAAAAAAGAAUACAUUAAAUGUAGAAAAAACACAAGAUGCUUCUGUGAACACGGACGUGUCAAUAGUUUGCGCUAGAUCAGCUAAAGUCGAGUCACGUUUUGACUUAGUCAAAUUUAGAAAUAAAUUCCGAAGUACUGUAAUUGGUAGUAAGAGUAGUACUAAAAUGAAUACACAAAUUGUGAAGCCAACUAUGUCUAUAGGUUUAAUGGCCACAGUGGCUACCUCUGACAAAUCUGUAGAAGUUAGCAGACCCUUCACAAUUCUGGUAAAGAGCACCCAGGAAACUAUAAUGAAUGAAGAAAAUUCUAUUAGUUCAAACGAAGACAACAAAACAACGUCAGUAAAAGGGACUAACACGGACCCGCUAGGCGUUGUCGCUCUACUAAGAGUGUCUGCAGAGACAAUUAGACAGCUAAUUUCUAAUGUGCCCACUAUCGACUACUACUCCUACUUACCGUUCUUUCACAGCUCAAAUUAUCUGGAAAAAGGGGAGCUGCAAUUUGUCUGCGACAUAUGUGGUGCCGCGUUUAACAAGGCGUCACUUCUAAAUGAUCAUAUUAAAAGUCAUGAAUUAGGUUUCGCGAGGAACUGCGGCGUAUGUCAACAUGUACUGAACUCGGAGUAUGUCCGGGGCAGCGAGCUUUACAAGUGCCGCUACUGCGGGCAGCGCUUCACGCGGGCGUACUGCUGCGAGCUUCACCAGCAGAGUUGCGCCAAGCGCUUCGGGCUGCACGACUCCGCCUCCAGCCUUUUCCCGCUACCAUAGAUACCUCUGUUUUAUAUCAUUGUAGUCUUUGUAGUUUGGACUGUUUAAAUUUUGAGUAUUUUAGUUUAUUUAUUGUCCGCUUAUGUCAAAUAAAAGUUUGUUUAAAUAUA